ACAGAGAGCAAAAGGACAGCAGAUGAGCAGUGGUAGGGGGAGAAGAGUUCCGAGUUCCUCCCCUACCAGCCGGAUUCUUCCCCCGGCGAGAGGGAAUCUUGGGAAUCUCCUCCAGCAACCACUUAACCUCUACUCUUUGAAUCCAUCGCGGUCCUGCCGCUUCUAUAGAACUAGUUUAUUCCCUGUCGUGCGCUACAAAAAUCUUCUCUUUUUCUAUACAGAAAAAUAAGUGGCGAUGAUGGUGACAGGCUUGUGUUGGGGGUUCAUGCGCACUUCCGCGGCUACUUAGGUAUCAGGCCGCGAGGGUCGAGCGCCAGCGCUCCAUCCCCCCCUGGACUGGAUUCUGGUUUCUUCGUCCAAGAAUUACCCGAGGAAUCGAAAUUCUUUGUGUUUUGGUUUAGAAAGAUUUAUCUUGGGAGGAGGAAGGUCAGGCAUGGAUGAGAUUGGGACACCGGAUUACAGCGAUGGGGGCUCGGACAUGGACCUGCUCAUGCUCUCAGGGUUUGAUGGCCUUGACAGUUUCCCAGAGCUUGGCACCGGUCCUUCAUUUAGUGACGGUAUCCUGUCAUCUUUCAGUGUUUCACCUGCGCAGCCGGUGACAUAUAUCUCACCUUCACCACCUUCUGUGGCUGCUGAGGAGCAAGGUGAUGUUUCGAUUACUGAUGGCAGUGAUUGCUCUGUCAGUUUAGCCUCUAAUGAGGUCAUGAACGUGAGCGCUCCCACUGUCCCAAAGACAGUUUAUGGCGGCGUCUCCCUGACGGAGAGGAUGCUCAGGGCAUUGGCCAUGCUUAAAGAAGCAUCAACUGGUGGACCAGUCCUUGUGCAAGUCUGGAUCCCUGUAAGGAAUGGAGAUCACCAAGUGCUGACCACCUCUGACCAGCCUUUCUUGCUUGAUGAGAGGCUCACAGGGUACAGGGAAGUCUCUAGGCAGUUCACGUUCUCAGCCACAGAAGGACCUGGUCUGUUUCCUGGAUUGCCUGGGCGUGUUUUCAUAUCCGGUAUGCCAGAGUGGACAUCGAACGUGAUGUACUACAACACUUCGGAGUUCUUGAGGGUAGACUAUGCGAUCCGCAAUGAAGUCCGUGGAUCCCUUGCCAUGCCGGUUUUCAACUCAAGCGGCGGCUCUUGCUGUGCUGUGUUGGAAGUAGUCAUGACACAGGAAAAGGAUAAUUUUUGCUCAGAGAUGGACAAUCUUUCUAAUGCUCUGCAGUGUGUUCAUUUGAGCACUGUGCAAGCAAGGACACAUCCUCAGAGCCUUACUAAGAAUCAGCAAUCAGUAUUGACGGAAAUAUCGGGUGUUCUCAAAGCUGUUUGCCAUACACACAUGCUACCUUUGGCACUUGCAUGGAUUCCAGUUUGUCCCAACAGCAAUUUGAAUGUGUCAGCAGAGUAUGGUGACCAGGCUAUAAAGUUUGGUCUGAGGAACAAAGAUGUCCUUUGCGUGCAAGAAUCUGCCUGUUACAUCAAUGACAUGAGAAUGCAUGAUUUUCUCCGUGCCUGUGCAGAACACCCCCUUGAGAAAGGACAAGGUGUUCCUGGAAAUGCAAUUUUAUCAAAUAAUCCCUUCUUCUCACCUGAUGUGAGAGAGUAUGAUAUGCACAAUUAUCCGCUGGCACAUCAUGCCCGUAAGUUUGGUCUUCAUGCUGCAGUUGCUAUCAGGUUGCGUAGCGCAUACACUGGUAAUGAUGACUAUGUGUUAGAGUUUUUCCUUCCACUGACAUGCAAAGUUCGUGAAGAACAACAGCUCUUACUUGACGACAUCUCAAUGACCAUGCAAAGAGUAUGCAGUAGUCUGAGAACAGUUUCAGAUGCUGAACUGAAGGAAAGCAUCAUAACAAUGCCAUCAGGAAUAAGAUGCUCGUCAUCUGAUGUUUCUAUUAGUUCAUGUGACCAAAUUGAUGUAUCCAGUGAAGUCAAUAUAAAUGUGCCUUUAGAAAAUCAGAUAAGUAACAGUGUUGAGCGACUGGCGAAUACAAAAUAUGCUAAGUUUGAACCUGGCACUACAUCUGAAAAUUUUGAAAACUGCAGCUCAACGGGGAAGAAUGUUAGCUUGACUGAAUCUACAUCUGAUGGGCUGAAAAUACGCAGCUCAACGGAGAAGAAUGUUAGCUUGAAAGUCCUUCAGCAAUACUUUGCUGGCAGCUUAAAAGAUGCUGCAAAGAGCAUUGGUGUUUGUCCUACAACACUGAAAAGGAUAUGCCGGCAGCAUGGAAUAUCAAGGUGGCCAUCUCGUAAGAUAAAGAAGGUAAAUCGGUCACUACAGAAGAUUCAGAAUGUGAUAAGUACUGUACACGGAGUGGAGGGAGUGAUAAAAUAUGAUCCUGCCACUGGAUGUAUUGUUUCAUCUGUUUCCCAUACCGAAGAGCCUUCAAUGAUGAAUGCUGAACAUCGAAGUUCUGAUUCCCUGCCCACUGAAUGCCAUAAGUUCCAACCUGAUUAUGAUGCAUACCAAAGAGAACAUCUAGGGCAAGCUGUACCCCACAAAGCACAGAAUGAGAAAAGGAGUGGAACUCAUAUUAACCUGAAUCCUGGAGGGUUAUCUCGAAAUUCACAUUUUGGCAGAACAUCAAAAGGGCCACUGUGUCAGGAUGCGUCAAACGGUUCAUAUCUUAGAAAAGAAAUGAUUUGUGCUGAUGGUAUGGAUAUGUGGGUUGAGGGAGCUGAGCAAAAUAAUGUAUUGGGGAAUUCUAUUUCUAUGCCACAGCAAUGCAAAAUUGAGAUAGAAACAGACAAGUCUAAUACAAUUGUUGAGCAAAGCCUGGCAUCUUCUUCCAGCAUGACAGAUUGCUCCAGUGGCGGUACAUCUAGUGAUGGGACUUUGAAGAAAUGUUUUAAGAGUCGAUCAGUUGACGGAAGCAAUGCGAGCAUAGUUGUGAAGGCUGCUUACAAGGAUGAUACCGUAAGGUUGAAGUUACUAACAUCCAUGAAAUACGAGAAUCUGCUCGAAGAAAUUGCGAAGAGGCUGAAGCUAUCAGUCGGCACAUUUCAGCUCAAGUACAAGGAUGAUGAGGAUGAAUGGGUGAUUUUAGCAAGCGAUGCUGAUCUCCAGGAAUGCCUUGAUGUACUAGACACCACCGGGUCACGCAUCGUGAAAAUUCAAGUACGAGAUGUUCCAUGUGCUACUAGAGCUGCUUCAGGUAGUAGCUCAAUAUCCGGUCGAUAGGUCAGGGUCACAUCAUGGCUUUAGCUUGGUUACGAUCUAUAACAUGUACUCGCGAGUCGUGACAUAGUAUGGCAAAACAUGUCCACAUAAUCCGUUGCCAGGCUGUUCAACAGUGUUCAUAUUUUCUUGGAAGGGAGGAAAAUGAAUUUCUUUCAUCCACCUAUUUAAGAUUUCGUCUAUCUUGGACAAUAGUCUACUCUGGGUCUCAGACAAGUUUUGGCUGUGGUAGUUUUAGUUCAUCUCUUUUUCUCUACCUGUGCACAUAUUUUGCGAUGUACCUCUACCAGUGAAUUAUAGCAGUACACUGUACACCUGCAAACUUCGAAAAAGAAGGGGAAAACAGUAUCCUAACUGUACGAGCACUUUUUAUUUCUGAAAUUAUUAAGACAUCACGUUCUAAUUAUAAA